UUUGGCAUUACAGGUGCCAGUGAAAGUGUGGGAAAGCAUAUGCUUGAAGCAUGCAACAAUAAUCUGGAGAUGGCUGUCACCAUGUUUCUGGAUGGUGGAGGCAUAGCAGAGGAGCCUAGCACCAGUUCUGCAGGGGUGUCUGCUGUUCGACCUCACACUGAGGAUGAAGUACGAGCUCCAAUUCCUCAAAAACAGGAAAUUUUAGUAGAGCCUGAGCCCUUGUUUGGAGCUCCUAAAAGACGCAGACCUGCGCGCUCAAUAUUUGAUGGCUUUCGGGAUUUUCAAACAGAAACCAUUCGACAGGAACAGGAGCUACGAAAUGGAGGGGCAGUAGAUAAGAAACUCACUACUCUAGCAGACCUCUUCAGGCCUCCCAUUGAUCUGAUGCACAAAGGCAGCUUUGAAACAGCCAAGGAAUGUGGUCAGAUGCAGAACAAAUGGCUUAUGAUAAACAUUCAGAAUGUGCAAGAUUUUGCGUGUCAGUGUCUCAACCGCGAUGUCUGGAGUAAUGAGGCUGUGAAGAACAUAAUCCGGGAACAUUUCAUUUUUUGGCAGGUAUACCAUGACAGUGAGGAAGGACAGAGGUACAUACAGUUUUAUAAAUUAGCAGACUUCCCUUACGUCUCCAUCCUGGAUCCCAGGACAGGCCAGAAACUAGUGGAGUGGCACCAGCUAGACGUGACUUCUUUCUUGGACCAAGUGACUGGGUUCCUGAGUGAGCAUGGACAGCUGGAUGGCCAUUCUACUAGCCCUCCCCAAAAAUGCUCUCGUUCAGAGAGUCUCAUUGAUGCCAGUGAGGACAGCCAGUUGGAAGCUGCUAUCAGAGCCUCGUUACAGGAGACGCAUUUUGAUUCCUCACAGGCCAAGCAGGAGAGUCGGUCAGAUGAGGAGUCAGAGUCGGAGCUUUUUUCUGGAAGCGAAGAGUUUAUUUCGGUUUGUGGAUCUGAGGAGGAGGAAGAAUCAGAGAAUCCUGCCAAGUUGAGGAAGUCUCCGCAUAAGGACUUGGGGUAUAAAAAAGAGGAGAGCCGGAGGCCUCAACCUGAGCCCCCUGCAAGGACUGAGCCUGGGACAACAUCAAAUCACAGAGUACUGCCCUGCAUUGAUGCAGAGAUACUGGAGGAGUCAACUGACAAGCCUGAGAGUACAUUUCAGGGCCUAGAUGUGAAUGGACCAAAGGCACAGCUGAUGCUAAGGUAUCCAGAUGGAAAGAGGGAACAAAUUUCACUGCCUGAACAAGCUAAACUUCUGGCUCUUGUGAAACAUGUCCAGUCAAAAGGAUACCCCAAUGAACGCUUUGAACUUCUCACCAACUUCCCUCGAAGGAAACUCUCCCAUCUGGACUAUGAGAUCACAUUACAGGAGGCAGGCCUGUGUCCUCAAGAGACUGUGUUUGUGCAGGAAAGGAAUUAGCACGGUGGCCUGAGUUCUCCCAGCCUUCCUCCCCUCUCCUCUUUGCCUGGGACACCAAUUCAUUAAAUAUGCAGUUGAGGGUCAUAGGAUUGCAGUGCUGAAAUCAGGCAGGCAGCUGGCUGGCCCUUCUCUUUCUUCUUCCCUUCUCCUGCUCUAGUGACCAAACGAGAGCGUUCAGAGUUUUAUUUUCUUCCUCAGCUUGGGCCCUGCAGAGAGCAUUAGGAAGAACAUCUUUCCAUUGUUUUCAUGGAAUAAAGUAAAACGAUGAUCUGUGUAUCCAGUAUGCUGGGGCUUGGAGUGGCCAUAAUAUACAUACCCUUCUCGCUGCUAUUCUUAAAUCUGUUUUGUUUAAUUUAUUUUUGAAAAUAGUGUGUGAUAAGGCACUGUGUCAUCUGUCUAUAAGGAGAGAGUGUAAUCUUCAGUACAGUCUUUCCUUUGUUUUGAUUCUCUCCACGAAAGGUCUCCAUUAACCUUACAGCCUUCUCAAGGGUUUGCUUAUCUAGCGCUCUGCAAAAACUUGGUUUUGGGGAAGGAGUUGGGUUAAGCUGUGGUGAGAUACUCUGCCCCCAUCUAAUUUCAAGGUUUCUAGAUUGCAUGCAUGUUUUCCUUCUGCUUUAAAUGCUGCCAGUGGACAUAGCAAAAAAACCAACCAACCAACAAAAAAACCCCAACUAUAUUCUAUAUGGGAUUGACUGCUUGGCCCAGAGGAAAAGCUGCAUGUCCACUGUUAGAGCAGAACUGAUUCCUUGGUAGAAGUAGGUGGGGGUUCCAUUUGUUCUCUUCCCAGCAUCCCCUAAAUGUCUCUUUUUUACUUACUCUCAGGAUUUUGCAAAUGAUAGAAAGUGGACAAGAUACUGUAAAGAACUUGGACUCUCUGGAAAACACCUGUCAUAAAAACUUGACAGUUAGUUGGCUUUUUGCUUUGCAUGGUGUUUUGUUUUGUUUUCCCCAGGAGUGACUAGCUUUGCAGGGGUUUUAGAGCACUGACUGCAAGUGAGCAGGACAGCAAGUCCUAGGCAGGUUUUCUUUCAUUAAUUAAAAACAUACACAGCCUUGUCAAACUGUGGAAUGAAUUAAUGCUUUAUAAAAGACUUCACAGCCUGGUGGCUUGAAUGCUCUAGGCUGCUUUUUAUGCUCUUCAUCUACAUUCACUUACCUCUAAAUCUGGAAGGCUGUAUGGAAAGCUGCUGCUUUAUUUAGGCUUUCUUUUCAGCUCUGGAAGCUGGCACCAGAAGUCAUGCAGGCAUAUCCUGUGUGUACACUGGGCUGCGCAGUGCCCUGUUUUUCCAGUGUCUUCUCAUAGACAUUGAGCUGUUGAUCAGUUAGUGUUACAAUAGGUAUUACAGUGGGAUAAAAGUUAACAAACACAGCCAUCCUCAAGAUGGAUGUCGAAUCUGUGUAUUUACAACUAAGAACUCAAGUUAGUGUGCUCUUCAUCAGUGAGGAAGAAGGCAUGCGAGACCUACCAUAACUGCUAACUUUUUCUGCAGCUGUCAGAUGAUUAUACUUGUUAAAGAAAAAGACUUUAGUGGUCAGAAAUUUACCAUAGACUAAAACUUUUCAAGAUAUUUGCCUUUAAUUUCAUACUAGCCUGCAUACUUUGGAGUCUUUAAGGAAAUCACAGAAAAUGUCUUGCAUUCUCCAUGAUAAUAUUAGCUCACGCCUAUCUUCUGCUCAUAACUGAGGUUUUAUGUGUAAUCAUACAAUUGCAUAAAUUGAUUUCCCUUCUACACAAGAGCUAUGUUGCAUUCUACUGCAAGAUGCAGUAUCCGGAAAGCGAAAGCUGAUCACGGUUUCCUGGUCAAUGGUUCAUGUGACAUCAGAUGGCAUUUUUAGUUUGUAAAGAGACCCUGGCAUGGAGGCUGCUUCCCAGCAUUGGAAAGUGAAUUGCAAGGCCAGCAGAGGAGGAGGGGAUGUUCGUGUUUGGCCUGUGAAGCAGCAGUGGCACCUGUAGACUGAAGGAUCCUUUGUGUUACUAGGAUAUCCAAAUUCAUAACUCAGAGUUGGUCGUACGAGAGAGCAGGACAGAAGCAAACCCUUUCCGUGUAGAUCUAAUGCUGCCCUAAGUAGCUUCAGCUGUCUAGUUGAAAUAACUCACUCUGAUCUUUGUUGCCUUGAAACUCAUUACCUCUUCUGUGGUUAGCCACAGGAAAAUUAAGGCAGGCUGCCAACAGGAUGCAGUACCCAACACAUGUAUAGAUACUCCUUUUGUGUCCCUCAAGCAGGCUGGGGUUGGGAGCAUGUUGGCCUUUCCUGCUCUCCUGCCAGUGUAAGGCAGGGAGCCUUUGUGGUUCUGCUGAUUCCUCGAUUCCUCUUUUGAGUUGUUGCAGGCUGGCUGUGUUUGCUGGUGGAGGGCCAACUCACUUUGCACAGGCUUGGGUUUGUAUCUGCUCUGGGAACAUUGUUUGCAUCAACUUUUCUAGCAGUUAAGUUAUACAUAGAAAAUUGACUCUGCCUUUUCAGUCCUAGGUCUGUUUUAUUGGUAGCUUCUCUUGUUUCCCCCUGCCCCUCCCCUGUGGUACUAAUGUACAUGGGGCUAGGCUGUGAUAUGUUGAAGCAUUCUGAUACAAAAUAACUAACAGCUGUAUCAGCAGUGGGGAAGAGGGGAAACCACACUGCGGACAAGAGCUGAACUUCUUCCAUCGGUUCUGUUGCUGGAGAGAUUGUGCACUGUGUGGUCCCCUACUGUGAACCUUCCCUUCUUACCCUCUUUUUCAGAGCUAAGCGUGCGUGCUGCAGGGCAGCGGGCAGCUGACAAUUCCUUUCUUCUCUGCUCAGCUGUAAGAAAAGCAGUAACCUUAUGCUCAUCAUCUUGCUAUCAAAAACAAACAGGGAGCCCUAGGUUAGUUAGCUUUUCAUUGCUUUUGUUAUGUUCAGUAACUUCUCUCGCAAGGAAGCAAUUGUUGGACUUGGCUGCUGCAAGUUUAUUUUUAAACCAUCAAGAAACAUGCCUCUCGAGCACAGUAAAUGGUUUUGCCUGCUGGUGUAGUAGGACCAGGAGUGCUUAUGCUCUCACUUAAUUUUUUUUUUUUGAGGUUUUACUUAGAAAAAUAUUAAUCCCCUAAUGGGGAAAGAAGAAUGUAAAAUUGAAAAUUUACAUUGAAAAUGGGAUUUUAUUUCUGUCUUGCAGUUCCUAGUAGUUUAUUCUGUUCCAAAAAGUUAGGAGCUUGUUUGUUUUGGUUUUUUUUUCUGGCACUAUGUGUUUUUUCUUUCAGUUUUCUUUUGCUUUGGUCUGUGA